AAUGCUUAUCAAAAAUCACUAAACCAGAGCGAAAAAUGCGAUUUUGACCAUUCAGUCGAAAAAAAAAAAAAAAUUGAUUGCCAGUCGAUAGCAAAAUUGGCAAGUGAGCGCUUGCUUCCCUCGGAUAAUACCAAUUUGUUUUGCGAACGUGUCCCAGAUGAGCCAGGGAGGAAGUUUCGCUUGCAAAGAAUAAAAAUAAAAAUAAAUGGCGAUGGAUGCGCUUAAUAUAGAAUUCGAUAAAUACACAAAAAUAUGGAGCGGUCCAAAGUCGUCGAAAUUCUUCGAUCCAGAUUGUUCGAUCGGCAAAGUGCUAUUCGCAUUUAUGCGCAACAAUCCCGGAAAUAUAUGUCAGCUAUCAGAUACCGAAAACACAGCUCUUACAAAUGGCGAAGCGAUUAGUUUUGGUAUCCGCUUGGCGCAACACUUCAAGGCCAUGGGUCUGAAGCAAGACGAUGUUAUAGGCAUAGCUGGUGGUAAUACAACCUAUUUGCUGCCCUUGGUUUUGGGCUGUUUAUUGAAUUGUACGCCCUUUCAUGCGAUAAGUCCGCAUCAUGACGAGUCAACCAUCAAACAUUUAUUCUGCAUUAGUCGUCCGCGUUUGAUUUUCUGCGAUGGCGGCAUUUACGACCGUGUCAGUGUUAUAAGUAAAAUACUGAAGGCCAAUGUUUAUACGCUGAAGGAACAUCGUAAGGAUUUGCCGAAAAUUGAAGAUUUGCUUGAACCCACAAAGGGUGAAAUGUUUUAUGUCCCGGAAACUCUUAAGAUCGGCGGAGAUCAAACUGUGGCCAUAUUAUGCUCAUCUGGCACCACUGGCCCACCGAAAGGUGUUUGCAUUUCAAACUCUUCCUGUCUCUUCGAUUAUGGCUUUGUCUCGAGCAGAGAUGUUUUGCUCUCGUUUAGCACAAUUGACUGGUCCACUGGCCUGUUUAAUAUGAUUUUCAGUUGCGGUCACGGCGCUACGCGCAUUAUAGUCGACAAACCCUACACACCAGAGUAUCUGCUGCAGCUCAUCGACAAGUACAAAGUUACUAUUUUAACGCUAGCGCCACGUCACAUUGCCACACUCGUCAAGUCACCACUUCUAGCCAAGGAAAAAUUGGCCAGCGUACGCUUUCUCAGCAUUGGUGGCGGCAAUUGUUAUGUGCCGACGUUGUUGAAGAUGCAAGAAUACCUGACGAACGGUUACAUAUCCUACGGUUACGCGCUCACCGAAUGCGGUGGUGUAUCAGCCAAUUUGGGCAUCACAAAGCCAAGCUCGGUGGGCAAACUGGUGCCGGGUGUGAAGGUGAAAAUACUCGACGACGCUGGACGCAGUUUAGGUCACAAUGAAACUGGCGAAAUACUGGUGCAUAACAACAAAGUCUGGAAUGGUUAUUAUGGCAAUCCGAAUGAGACGAAACGCAUACAAGACUAUCAGGGUUGGUUCCACACCGGCGAUCUGGGUUACUUGGACAACGAAAACUAUCUGUAUGUAUUGGAUAGAAAGAAGGAUAUACUCAAAUUCCAUGGCAUGCAAUAUUGUCCACACGAAAUUGAGCAAGUGGUUGCCGAGUUGCCAGAUGUGGUGGAGGUGUGUGUUUUCGGGCUGUGGAAUGAGGUGGAUGGCGAUGCUGCGGCAGCGGCGGUGGUCAAGAUUCCCGGUAGUAAGCUAUUGGAACAGGAUAUUGUUGAGUAUGUGGCCAAACGGUUGGUGGUGAUGCACAAGCAAUUGCAUUGUGGUGUCUUCUUCUUGGACGAGCUGCCAAAAACGGGGAGCGGUAAGAUAUUAAGGAAUCAGGCGCGCGAUUUGGCGUUGGGCAAGAAGUGGGAGGUGCGCAAGAAUGGUCACGCUUGAGUGUUGUGGCUGGUAAAGAAAGGA